ACUCUGCCCAGUCCUCUGUUAGAAAUUAGACACGCGUGCAAAACGUGCAAUGUACUAGUGCAGAAGAGAGAAGAGUUUGAAUGAGUUUUAUUUUUUAAAUCUUCGCAAUUAUCAACUCAAGACAGAAACUCUUGUCAUGAGGCGUGGAGAUUCUGUCGAAGACACUAGCCCUAAUUCUAGGAGGAGUUCUGACGAUUCCAUCUCUUCCACAGCACGAAAUGCUAGCCCUGGAAGCGUGAAGAAGAAAGGCUUUCUUGGCUCGCUACGUCACACGUCCAAAAAGAGCAAAAGCAUCGAGCAAAUAAAGGGACAACCUAUAUUGACAGAGGAACCAAGCCCUCGACAAUGGGAGGAGCAGAAGGAAGGAGAUGCAGAGAGAAUCAAGAUCCUAAACUUAGUCAAGGAUGGCAAGCUAACAAUAGAGGAAGCAAUGCAGCAUGCAGAAGAGAUGGGAUUGGGAGCUCCUUCCAGCUUUGAUGACAGCAUCUCCAAUGAUGCAGAGGAAAAAAUCUUUAAUUUUGGUGUCUACAAAUACAACAGACAUAGAACCUCAUGCUCAAGGAGAAUUCUCCAAUUUGACUUCCAAGAGAAAGUCUUGUGCACAAUCCAAAAAGGUGCAAGAGGCAAGAAAUUCUGCUUCUCCCAGAUCAGAGGAUUUGACAGUGAGGACGGUGUACGAUUCUUCAUCUAUAUCGAGGAUCAUCAUGACUAUGAACUUGACGCUGAUACAACAGAAGAAAAGAACAAGAUCUGUACACUGUUGGAGUCUAUUGUACAGCAGAAGAAAGCUGAUGAGCCUGAUGGUGUGUUUGAGAUGCCAGAUUUUGGGAUAGAACAAGUGAUAAAGGAGGGGCAGGUUGAGAAGAAAGGCCACAGUGCAGCCUUCAUGAUGUGGCCCAGGCGUUGGCUGCGGAUCCAGCAUGGUGAAAUGGCUUAUUUCAAAAUAGGCGAAGAGCACCAGACUGCAUUGAAUAUUAUCAAGCUAGGUCCAGGUUUGGCUGAAGUCAAGAAGCUGGACCAGGGAGGGUUUGUGGUCACGACCAGCAAAAAGGAGUACAGCUUCCGUGUGAUGAAUGUGAAUAAUAUCAAGGACGUACAGGCCCUUGAGCGUGAGAGGGAUGAGUGGCUAGAGGCAAUUAGCGAAGCAUCUAUGGUUUCCUCUCGACGUUCACGAGCGACGUCAUCAUUCAUACAGGAUCCUGCUCUUACAAGCACAGUCCAGGAACAGGAAAAAUACAUCAAAGACACAGUCAAGACCCUUCUUAGGGAGCUAGAGCAGCUAACAUCUGUACUUACAGUUGUCAAUGCACCUAUCCAAGCCACUGUGCAGGUGAAGAAAGUCCAGGAGGUUGUACAUGACAUGGAGACGCAAGUUCGCACCGGAGUUCUCUCGUGGGCUAUGCGAGAGUUAAAGUCCCGAUCAGGGUCGGUCAAGUCUGUUGGCUCCACCUCGUCGUCCACCCUGCCCCGCUCCAGCCGGAAGAUCAGCCACCCUGAGAUCAUGACCACGCCCAUUGACGAGGGGUACGAGUCAGUACCCUCGCACCCCGCGCCCCGUGUCCCGUCACAGUCAAGCCCUCCGUCUGAGCCUCCACCUGUAAGACCACCAAAGGGAGACGUGCAGUCGAGUUACGAGACUGUCCCGAUCCGGCCACACCCUACAACCCCCCCACGAGAUAGCAGCCUGCAGUCGAGCCCCCCCUCCGCCGGGAGGUGCCCCCUAUCCGGGCCCAUCAGAUCGACGACCCCCAUCUUGUCCUUGGCCCCUCCCAGCGGACCCGCCCUCCCGUAUGACACAGUAACCAUCACCCCUCGACCAGCACCAGACUCGUCCCCCACCCCCUCUGGCAAAUCCCAAGGGAGCUCCUCUGGGGAUAUCUACCAGCAGCCUCCAUCCAGAGCGAGGCAGCAGCGCGACGAUCGCGAGGUGUACGACAACGUGCACAUCCGAAACGUGCCCCUGAUCGCUGGGAAGCCUGUGGCACCGCUGACCACCUUCACUGUGCCCGUAAAGGAUGAUGUCCCGAACGAGGGUGAUGGUAAGGGAGGUGUGGAGGAGGUCGACGCUGCCAAGAGAAAGAGGGACGAGACGCAGAAUGAGAUCGAUGCCGGCGGCAUGAAGUGUAGUAGUCUCGAGGAGGCCCUCUCUGAGCGAAAGGAUCUCUACCAAGAUCUGAAAACUGAGGGUGCUGUGCUACUCUCACACACCAAGCGAACCGAAGACGCUCCUGGCUCCCCUACCGAAGAUACUCCAUGGACGUCUGUGCCACCUCCUCCUCCACCGGGUCCAGGUGGAAUUCCUCCCCCUCCCCCUCCCAUAAGAGGUGGUGUCCCUCCCCCUCCCCCCAUGGGCGGGGGUAGUCUGGCCCUAGACUCAGGGUUACCGAACAGAGAUCGCCUGAAGCCAAAUAAAAAGUUGAGACCGUUCUUCUGGAACAAAGUACCCGUGAACUUGGUGCCGAAGUCGCUGUGGCUAAACGCAGAAGACCAGUCGGCCAACCUCGACUUGUCUCUACUUGAAGACAUGUUCGAGGUCGAGGAAACACAGAAGCCGGUUGUUCAAGCCGCGGCCAAACCGUCCUCCAAAAUGAUGCUGGACCCUAAAAAGGCGCACAACCUGGGUAUUUUCUUAAGUGGCUUUAAACUCACCACAAAAGAAAUUGACACAAAGCUAAGUGUCUUUAGACAAGAAGAAGGAGCGCUUCCAGUGGAUCAUGUAAUCGCUCUGAAAAGGUUUUUACCGACACCCGAGGAGCAAGAGAUGUACAAAAAUAUCAAAUUGGAGGACGUGCCCAACUUAUUGCAUGAGGACAGGUUUAUGCUUAAGCUGUGUGAGAUCCCAGACUUGGAUAAGAGGUUGGAUCUGCUACUUGUGAUCAUGGAGUUUCCAUGUCAAUAUGAUGAUCUUGCACCGGCUGUAAAAGGGCUUCUUGAAGCCUGUCACGAACUGUACUGUAGCAAAAAAUUCCCUGUGGUUCUCGAGUAUAUUCUGGCCAUUGGGAAUUAUAUCAAUGGCGGGACAAAUCGCGGGGGAGCGUAUGGUCUACGGCUGACCAGUCUUCCAAAGCUGGCAGAUAUCCGCGGCAAGAGCAAAAAAGACACGUUACUACGCUACCUUAUUUCACAACUUCGCCAGAAGUGUCCCGACACACUUGAAAUGCUACAAGAACUUAAGGCUGUACCCCAAGCCUCUGACGCUUCUAUCAAAGGACUAUCUGCCGAAGUGGAAGUUAUGCGUAAAGAUCUUGCCAAAAUCAAGAAGCACAGUAGCGACCUGUUUCUUAAGCAUAAGCGAACAGACACACAGGACGUCAAGUUCUUCCGGGACGUCGACCUUUUUGUCCUCGAGUACGAGGAGAAACUAAAGGACUUGUGCGAAAAGUGCAAGGAAAUGAAAUACAUAUAUGCAAAGCUACUGGCAAGAUACGGUGAGGCGCCUAACACUGACUCUGAGGAGCUUCUCUCUUCAAUUAGCGCUUUCUUGAACCAUUUUAAGAAAGCGCUAAAUGAAGGGGAUGGCGAGGGCCUCCCAAAACGCAGAAAGAUAGAGGGACUGAGUGAAGCAGUCGCAGCCCAUGCGCGUCGCAAGCCUUCAGAGGACUCUGUCACCUCCCCCGGAUCUCCUACAUCGCCUCUAAGGGACACUGUGGAUCCUGGCGCAGCUACCUCAGCUAGUCAGGGGGGACUGAACGACACAGAUGGCCCUGCAAGACACACUCCUCCAGCUGACCUCAAGCCCGCAUGCCCUGCUCCCAUAUGCAACUCGCCUAAAGUCAUCCACAAACAGCUGAGCGUGAAAGCCCCGUCCUCUUCACUAGUAACACCCAAGGUUACGCCCCGUCCAACGCGCCAAGGGUACUUGGACAAGCUGAGCGGAGGCAAACACAAGGCCCCGAAAUGGGACAAUCGAUACUUCGAGUUGACGGACAGUGGCCACUUGCACUACUACAAAAAACCCGACUCCAAAAUCAUCAACACCAUCUACUUGCGUGGGUGCCCUGUGGAAAUGGAUGACGAGGACCCCGCGGUUGUUAUCGUUAGGACUGAGGAGAGAGAAUGGAGACUUAAGGCGGUGGACGAAGUCGAGGCUCAGGUCUGGCGGGAAGCGUUAGGAUUUUACACCGAGAAGCAGACGUCAUAGCGAGGCUGGCGUCGUAAUGACGUCAUGUCCAACAUUUUUCGACUAGGUAGGCGGAUUUUAAGUUACACCCAAAACUAGCGCCUGAGUGCGGCCUAAGACGAUAACGAUAUUAGAAGAAUUUUAAAUGAAAACAAACCCCGAUCCAUCUGGCCAUCACGUGAUUAGCACCUAGGAUCUAGGAGGAACUAGAAGGAAACUGUUCUUCCCAUGUUCAGCUCACAGCCUCCGUCGGAAAUCCCGCCACGUCCGUCAGUGGAUAUCACAGCGGUUUUCCAAAAUUCUUUCGGUGAUUAUCAGGGAUUCGAGGAAUCCUGUGGGAUCGUGUGGCUCGCGGCAGGACACGCCAGAAGGGCUUGUGAGGACGAUGGGAACGCUAAGUCCAUACGAAAGCAAUAGUAAAAUAUGGCCUCUCACAAAUAUAGAGUCUUUGCUUCGCAAUUUCUUUCUAAAGAAACAGCAUCCUGCUUUAAGGAAAUAAAAUUGAUGAAAAAGGA